AUGGGUCAGGGCUGCCUGUCCUCUGUGCAGCAGCGCAGUUCCUCCCUGUGCUUGCAGAUGCUGCAGGACUGCCCCAAGGCCCGCAGGGAGGUGGAGCUGCACUGGCGGGCCUCCCAGUGCCCGCACAUCGUGCGCAUCGUGGAUGUCUAUGAGAACCUGUACGCGGGGAGGAAGUGCCUGCUGAUCGUCAUGGAGUGUUUGGAUGGUGGCGAACUCUUUAGUCGAAUCCAGGACCGAGGAGACCAAGCGUUCACAGAAAGAGAAGCAUCAGAAAUCAUGAAGAGCAUCGGCGAGGCCAUCCAGUAUUUGCACUCGAUCAACAUUGCUCAUCGGGAUGUCAAGCCUGAGAAUCUCUUAUACACCUCUAAAAGGCCCAAUGCCAUUCUGAAACUCACUGAUUUUGGCUUUGCCAAGGAAACUACCAGCCACAACUCCUUGACCACUCCUUGCUACACACCAUACUACGUGGCUCCAGAAGUGUUGGGACCAGAGAAGUAUGACAAGUCCUGUGACAUGUGGUCCUUGGGUGUCAUCAUGUAUAUCCUGCUGUGUGGGUAUCCCCCCUUCUAUUCCAAUCACGGCCUUGCCAUCUCUCCGGGCAUGAAGACUCGUAUCCGAAUGGGCCAGUAUGAAUUUCCCAACCCAGAAUGGUCAGAAGUAUCAGAGGAAGUGAAGAUGCUCAUCCGGAACCUGCUGAAAACAGAGCCCACUCAGAGAAUGACCAUCACGGAGUUUAUGAACCACCCUUGGAUCAUGCAAUCAACAAAGGUCCCUCAGACCCCACUGCACACCAGCCGGGUCCUGAAGGAGGACAAGGAACGGUGGGAGGAUGUCAAGGAGGAGAUGACCAGUGCCUUGGCCACAAUGCGUGUUGACUACGAGCAGAUCAAGAUAAAAAAGAUUGAGGACGCGUCCAACCCUCUGCUCCUGAAGAGGCGGAAGAAAGCUCGGGCCCUGGAGGCUGCGGCCCUUGCCCACUGAGCCGCGGGUGCCUCCUACCCCUCUGGAGGACAAGCAGUAACUCUCUACGUGGAUAUAGUUUUAAAUGGAGAGACACGGAACUGUCCACUUCCACCUCCUCUCCUCCUCAGCUGCAUGGAGCCCAGCACCGCAGCAGGGGCUGAUGAAUCCUGCCUUUGGUUCUGGCCGCCCCAGAGAGGGCGAGGCUGGGAGAGAAGGGAGCAGGGUGCUCUUGAACCUGUGCUCGUUUUGCAAUUUUAUCAGUAAUUCGACUUAGAAUUUUUAUGGAAUCUCUUUUAUUGUCCUUUCCCCUACCCCUCCUCCCUUCCACCCAGCCCCUUUCUCUCUGCAAAGGAUACUGCAAAGGUUUGGGGCUUGUUAAAGGGUAUUUGUGGAAACUGUUAUAGGGAGCAUCCCUGUGUUGUCCCAUCUGCCCUCGGUAUUUCCCUACCACAGCCUGCGGUCCCCAUUGGCUCAGGCAUUCUGGGAGAUCCAGGCUACCCUUGGGGGGGGGUGCCACCCACCUCCUCCCCUGGAGCCCUCAGGCAUUACCAGCGUGCCAGACAGACAGGAGUGAGUGAGUGUGUGUGUGUGUGUGCGUGUGCGUGUGUGCCCAGAUCUGUGCCUGGGACUGUGCAUUUGAGGGGCCAGGGGCAGGCAGGGCUGCAGAGGGAGGCCCUGCUGUGGCUCAAGAACUUUCUCCCUCUUUGGGCCUGCCUUGCCCGUACUGAGCCUGCCAAAGUGCCUGGGAAGCCUAUCCAGACUCUCACCAGGCCCUCUGUGGCCUGUCUCUUAGCUGGGUUCUGGGAGACAGAGAGGAGUGACUUGGGCCCUGGCACAGCAAUCAGGAAGACUGGACCCCGACCCCCAGGACCCCUUCUCCCCAUUUAGUGCUGGUCCUAGGUCCUCUGAGGCGCUGGUCUCUCUACUUCCCUGUGUUGCCGUUAUUAACCUAUUGUUUGUUUUUCUUGAAUUUUUGGCCAUUUCUCAGUGGGCCACCUCUCAACUCAUGUGGAUGAGCCUGGGCCGUUUAUAUUGACAAAGCUUUUGGAUUUCGUGUGUCUCUCUUAGGCUCUGGGGACAGCUAACUAUUACUUAUGGGAAAAGGCAGGACCACUUCUGUGGUCCUCCCUUAAAGUCCCAUUUUGUGGCCUAGUGGGUAGGGGCAGUCUUCGCACCAAAGAUGUCCCGACUCUGCCCCCUUGCCCGUCAGCCACUUUACCAUCACCCCAAACAACUCAGCUUCAUGCGUCCAGGCCAGUGAGGGGAGGGGCCCUCCCCCAGUAUUCAUGAGGGGCAGCCUGGGGAGAGGUUCUCUGGACACGGUCCCAUAUUCCCCCUUCCUGUUGGGGGAGGGGGCAGCAGUGACACUUCAGCUUUCAUCUCUCUCUCGGGGCAGGUGGGGAGGGGCACCCAGCCUUCUCUGGGUGUGGGGGAGGGCGCAGGUGCCUGCAGCACCUCCCUCCUCUGUGAUGGCAUGUCCAGCACUCAGAUUGUUGUAAACUGUUGUUUUGUAUGAGCGAAAUUGUCUUUACUAAACAGAUUUAAUAGUUGAA